CCAAUGUUGUUUUCGCUGAGUCGAGGCGCGGGUGUUGUUGGCGGCGGCGCCAUAUUGGAAGGGACGAGCCCCCGCUCUCGAUCAGCCCCUGGGCGCGGGCCCGGCCGCCGCCAUGCUGUACCUGGAGGACUAUCUGGAGAUGAUCGAGCAGCUUCCCAUGGAUCUGCGCGACAGGUUCACCGAGAUGCGCGAGAUGGACCUGCAGGUGCAGAAUGCAAUGGAUCAGCUUGAGCAGAGGGUAAAUGAAUUUUUUAUGAACGCAAAGAAAAACAAACCUGAAUGGAGAGAAGAACAAAUGACAUCAAUCAAAAAAGAUUAUUAUAAGGCUUUGGAAGAUGCAGAUGAAAAAGUGCAACUGGCUAAUCAAAUAUAUGAUCUGGUGGAUCGUCAUCUGAGAAAACUGGACCAGGAACUUGCUAAAUUUAAAAUGGAACUUGAAGCAGAUAAUGCUGGAAUCACAGAAAUAUUAGAGAGACGAUCUCUGGAGCUGGAUACACCAUCACAGCCUGUGAAUAACCAUCACGCCCAUUCUCAUACUCCAGUAGAGAAAAGGAAACACAAUCCAUCUUCUCACCACAGUACAACAGAUCAUGUUCCUGAAAAGAAGUUUAAAUCUGAAGCUCUUCUAUCUACCCUGACUUCAGAUGCUUCUAAAGAAAAUACACCAGGGUGUCGAAACAGUAAUUCAUCAUCCUCUUCAAACAAUGCAUACAAUACAAACUCUUCUCAACCAUUGGCAUCAUAUAACCUGGGCUCAUUAUCUUCAGGAUCCGGGGCCGGUGCAAUUACCAUGGCAGCAGCUCAAGCAGUGCAAGCCACGGCACAGAUGAAGGAGGGAAGACGAACAUCCAGUCUAAAAGCCAGCUAUGAAGCAUUUAAAAACAAUGAUUUUCAGCUUGGGAGAGAAUUUUCAUUGUCCAGAGAUUCAGCUGGAUAUUCAUCAUCAGCUCUGGCAUCUACGUUAACACAGACAUUAAGUUCAUCAACCACAGAUUCACGAAGUGGCAGAAAAAGCAAAAACAACAACAAAUCCUCAAGUCAGCAGUCCUCGUCAUCUUCUUCUUCUUCCUCUCUAUCAUCAUGUUCUUCUUCAUCUGCACUAGCACAAGAACUGUCUCAGCAAACAGCAGUAAUACCAGAGUCUGAUUCUAAUAGCCAGGUUGACUGGACCUAUGAUCCAAAUGAGCCACGUUACUGCAUUUGUAAUCAGGUGUCCUAUGGUGAAAUGGUAGGCUGUGAUAACCAAGAUUGUCCUAUUGAGUGGUUCCACUAUGGAUGUGUUGGACUGACAGAAGCACCAAAAGGGAAAUGGUACUGUCCACAGUGUACAGCUGCAAUGAAGAGAAGAGGCAGUAGACAUAAAUAAGUUUCUUCAUCUGGAAAACAAAUUGUGUACUAAAGGUUUUAUAGAGGACUUAGGAGGGGAGGGGGAACUCUCACAACACCUCCUUGCAACCACUGAAGAGUUAACAUAGCAGUCAUAGAAUGGUUGGGACUUAACAGAAAGGACCGUAAAGAUCAUCUAGUUCCAGCCCCCAGUUGUAAGAUCAUGAACUAUUGGUUUUGCUAGUUGUGUUUUAACAUUCUAAGUAAAUUAUUUACGCACCUUGAUGUGCUACAGAUACUAUUCCAGUGAGCCUUGGAUUAUUCCAGUGGCCAACAUAUGCAGAGAUUUGUACUAUCAAACCAUUUUCUCUAAGCACUGGGCAUUCUACAAUUAUUUAAUCUUCAAAGAAUUCCAAUAAGUCAAGGUUUUAAAUGUAUGUUUUAUAUACAAGAGAUAUAUUCUGCUGCAUGUACUGUACUCAAGAGCUGUUACGUAACACUAUGUAUAUAAAUGGUGCAAAAAGUCAGUGCUUCUGAAAGAAAAAAAAGAGACAAUGUUUUUAAAAUGCCUUUAUAGCUUUGGUUCUUUAUGAAACUUAAUUCAGCAGGCUGAAGAAAAUGGUUCUUGUAUACAGCGGGCUGUUGUCCUUUAGGGUACUCAAGUAUGUAAAAACAAAAAAAAUGCUGUAGAAUAAAACAAACUUGUGCCAUUAGUCUUUAUAUGUUUCUGCUCCAGAGAAGGCAGGGGCCAUAAGAGGAAAAAAAGGUGUUAAAGUGACAAUAAAUUUUUAUACCAAAUGUGUUUAUUUUUUUGUGCAAGUAAUCCUUUAAAUUUGAAUUGUAUUAGGUGUAAAAUAAAACAACCUCAACUCCUCAAA